GAACCAUUCUCCGUGUGCACCCUAGUACGAUUCAGAAGCCCUUUGAAGUGAUUAAGUGAAGUGAAAGUUUUAAUAAUUAGUAAGCGAAGUCUAUUAAAAAGUGCGCACAACACGGCCACCAACAUGGCCAACCGGCUGGAAGUUAAACGUUCAUCAAACACCUCAAGCCGAAACAACUCCGAUCGCUCACAAUCAUCCCCGUGCGCGGUUCCGUCUUCAUCGGCUAGUCCUUACCGUCUCGGGCUCGCUGGCAUGAUUACGCUGCGUGCCUACCAGCUCUCCCUGGACAAUCCCGAAUACAAAUUUCACGUGUCGUUGGGACGGUUUCAAGACGGCCACUUCAAAGAUAUCACUGUUCGUGACUCUGUGGGCACUCUCUACGUGCAAAUCGCUCACGAACAGGCUACGACACACCUUACACUGGACACGAUCUGUCAGUGGUUCCGCACCUUUCUUAGCAUCGAUCCGCAAUGCUCAACCGACACCAAACGGUUCCUCGUGUGCACGAACACUCCGUUCGAUUCGCUAAUAGACAUCCAGUUGAAGGAACUGGAACCAGAAAAAGAGGACAUCCUAUCGUUUGCUUACGCACUAAGCGCGACCUGCUAUCAGUUGCAACGAUUCAGCGAACUUGAAUCGAUUCUGCAGAAAGAAUCCCUGCGUACGCUGGGAAAGCUGUUGGCGUGGCACAUUUGCAAUGGCAAACAAAUCACCAACGAAUCCCCUCUCCUCCACUAUUAUUCAAAUUUCAUAAGCGGGUGUGUAAUGCCGAAGAAAGGCAAUCACAAACAGUGCUACAAAUUCAAGCCCAGUUUUCUCCAGCCAGAACCACAAACGCACACGGCCAAGGUGCGCCAAUCGCUGCAAACAGAGUACGCAGCACUGUGCGCAAACAGUACUAGCGCAAUCACCGUCCUAACGUUGGAAAACUGUGAGCUAUACAUUGAGGAAUCCUUUAUUAGUCUCCCCGACAAAGCUGUCACACCAAAUCGUGCCUGGGAAAUUGCGCACAUUGCCCACAUGAAUGCGUUUUUCGAGCAGUUUGUGCUGCUGCACGACACGAGCAGUGUGCGAACGCUGCACAGCAAAGCACGGUGGGAACUUCAGCACGUAGCCAAGUCGUGUACGGUAGGGCAGCACCGUACGAUACGGAAGGAGCUUGAGCGGGCCCUGCUGCGGUCCCCUGUUGGAUCGGGUUGCAUGCAUACGCUCAUCACUCGGAAAGCGAUCGACAACAACCAGCUGAAGCACGGCACGGAACGAUUCCUCCGCACGGUGAGAGAGCGCCAUCCGUACAUUGUUAUCAAUGAGGAACGGUUGAAAAGCUCCCAGCUUUACAAGGAUGUCACUAGCACCGAGUCGGAUGCAAUUAUUUACUACCGCGACACCAGUAGUCUGCUGUUUCGGGCCACGAUCGUGGCACAGACGCUAGCGAUCGUACCUUCCUGUGAAGCCAUAUUCAUCGAUAACAUUAGCCCAAAGAUCAUGCAGCAGCUGGCCGAGCUGCUGCCACACGUGGCGGAGGUCUACAGUGCUUCGCUGGUGGUGCUAACGAUUGUAGGCAAGCUGCAACUCUCUACGCUGCAGGAUAUUGCGGCCCUAAUGGCAACCCACUCGAACGAUGCUUCCCGCGCGGCACACACUACCGUGAAAGUGAUUUUGAUCGAGGAUCUACCGGUAUUGAGCGAUAGCUUUCUGUCGGUAAGUGAUCUAACGGCCAGCUGCAGCAAGGAGCUACUCGAACAGCAUGCAACGGUGACCUUGUACGGGACUCGCACAUCCCUGGACGCAGUAGUGCCGUUCGAAUGGGAAUCCCAAUACGAGAGCGAUCAUUUGGAGUAUCUGCAGGACGUGCUGGACUUGAUUGCGGACGAGCGGGAGAUCCCCAACCGGCACAAGCAAGCGUACGAAACCAAUAAACCGUGGUACAUUGAGCGUACUAUUGAUGCGUAUCAAAGAGGAGCGACGGCUAGGAAAUAUCUUGCCCAAAACGUUUACACCAUGCACGAUGACUACUACUCGAUGCAGUACUAUCCCUUUGACGCAUUGCCCCGAUUGGAUCGGCAGUCAGCGUGGAGGGAACGGUUUGCUACCGCACUAUCCACAGCCGCUCCAUCUGCCAGUGCGCACGAGUUGCUUUACACUGACCGAGGAUGUUUCGCUUUUGCGACCGAAUCAGGGGAAGGAAACACGUCGCACCUGACCUGGCUUGCCGGCCAGUUGCAGGCACGCGAUCCGUCCCUGUACAUCGUUCGUUUGGACGUGUCAGAAGUGGCUGAAUCGAUUGAGAAGUUAGAAUUGCGUCAAUGUUUGAGGUCGUUCAAGAUGAAUACAGCCGUAGUGCGGAUGCUUUAUGGCUUGGUCAGCUUUGCUGAACGUUGGCACAAUCACGAUCGCUGGGCAAAAUACUUAUGUUUCAGUGAAGAGCGAGGGCAGGCUGAGCUGGACCGGAAUAAAUGCUACAGCUGGGCAAUUCCCUCGGAGCAAAUGGUUCGGCUGCGACUGUUUCGGGAAAAGUUCAACCGCAAGCAGCUCGUGCUGCUGCUGGACGAUGUCGGAGUGCUUAAACCAGACAGCAGACAGUAUGUGAUGGAGUUCUGCACACUAUUGUUCCAUUCCGAAGCAGUACGAAGCAUAUAUCUUUCCAUCACAACACACUGUGCGGAUGAAUUUUUUAUUCAUGAAUUCGAGUAUAAAACACUUCGGCCCUUUUCACAGCUGGACCGAAUGCUGCUCCUGCACAGCGUGCUGCUGAGCCGCUUCGAGGCCUACCGGCAGUGCGACCGAAGGUACCAGAUACAGCUGGUGCCCUUUCUGCAGUGCAUCAUUCAGCAAUCCUGUCAGCCUUGCUGGGAUGUUCCGCUCCUGCAGCGCAUGGCGGGGGAGCUGUAUCUGCCCGCCAUCGAGCGCUGUGUAGAUUUCACCUCCAAGCGGGUGCUGAGCGACAUAAAGCUGCAGCUGCCGACUGCAAACCCGUACCAGCUGAUCAAGACGUACAUGGAGGGCAAGCUGCACGCCGCCACCGCCACCUGCUCCACUGACGGACCAGCGAUCGGUACGGCAGGCAGCCCUCACCGCAACCACGCCCUGCUAGCCAUCUACAGCUUGGAGCUGCUCUACCACGACCAGCUACUGUCGGCAGAAGAGCGCUCACAGGCGGAGCACCUGCUGCUCGAGUUUGUUGAUCGCUUGCGGAGUGUUGAAAUCAUUAGCGGAGUGAUAGGCAAUGUGCCACGCUUUUGCAACCAAACCACGCUACAGUACUUUGCCGCUGCCUGGUUGUUCGAAAAUUGGGCCCGCUUAUCCACCAAGCGGCUUACCUCGUUCCGAUUCCGAACCUUUUGGCGGACAAGUUGUGCCACGCUGCGCCUGCUGUUCGAUUUGGCCGCAUGCGCUGAUCGUGACGGUAUGGAGCUUCACCGCGCCAUCUGUCAAUUUUCGUAUGUGAGAUCUUUGGAAUGGCCGACAAUGCCAAUGGCAAAGAGGCUGUGCGCAACGACGAAGGAUGCCGUUGGCCGUACCGCGCUGCAUUUGCUGAUGGCAGUACAUAACGAUAACGAUAUCCAACAUUGCGCUAAUGCAGCUAACGUGUACGAUAUUUUGCUGUCAAACAUGCCCGCCGAAUUGAUUGACGCACAGGACGACCUGUUCAAUUGGAGCGCUAUUGAUUAUGCUUUUUCCACCGUCAAGUGGCUCAGUAUCCGUAGCCUCUUAUGGCACGGGGCAAAGGUCAAUGUGGAUGUUUGUGUGCAGCAGUUGUGCACGCUGGAUUUGCAACCUUUGUUUUACAAAGUGUGUCAACUCGAACGGUACACGCAUACCGACAACUGUUUUGAUACUGUUUCGACACGACGGUUCACCGACGAAGUCUGUUGCCGCAUAGCAAGGUACUUGCACUACGAAAAACAGCUCUACCACACUACCAAGGUGAAGGAGCUAGACGAUCUGACCGCGUUGGAAUAUUGCGCGAAGAACGAUAUGUACGGCUUGUUUCACCAUCUGGUUGCGGUUCAGCAUUGUGAACCAGUGACGUUCUUUGGCUCACAUGAAGUAAACGUGCUGUACUACGUAGGAAAGGAGCUGUUCGAGCUAGCUCGCAAACACAAAGCCUACAGGAUACUAACCUAUCUGAUGUCUUCAGUGAAGAUAUCUUCAGAAGAGCUGCAGAGCAUUAGUGACGUCACGAUGCUCACAUUUGCGAUCGAGCUCAACAGUAUGGAGGUGUUUGAUCGCUUGUACCGACAGCUGUGUACCAAUUAUCUGCAGCAUGUAAAAAUAACCAAGCGUGUCAUCCAGUACCCUGAUCCCCGGACCGGCAGUACCUGUACCGAACUGCAUAUAGAUCAGACACAUUCGAACACUAAUGCAUUUGCCGAAAUGAUUGCUGAAGCAUUGUAUGGAGCCAAGUUUCACUUCCUUAAGCAUAUCGUACAAAUUAUGCCUCAUGCAAUAACACGCCAAUUGCUUUCAGUCACCAUAUCCGAGCUAAAAUGGAAGCUACGUCGGCUUCCCGUCGAGGCAGCACCGUUAUUCGACUAUCUGCUCGAUCGUACAAAUGAUUUACAUGGUACCGAUUUCUUGGGUUGUAAUUUACUCCACGAGGCGGUAGAGACUGGCUGCUUUGUCCUGAUAGAUUGUUUUCUUUCUCGGAAGUUCGAUCCACUACAUACUUGUCGCAGAGGAUGGACCGUGUUUCACCACGUUGCUUCGGCGGUGCAAGAUUGCCGUACGAUCGAAGUGAUGCAACAUUUGCAACUAGCUGGCUGCUCGUCAAUGGAAGGCAAUCUUCCCCAUGUGAAGGGGGACAGUGUAUUCGAUGUAUCAAUUUUGCACAGUAGGUUCAAACUAGCUAGAAUGCUGAUGCACACGAAGUGUACCAGCUCGUCCACGCACGAGCGUGUGUCAGAGAUGCUUCGUAUAGUUGAGGCGAUUGACGGGUCGUCUGAUUUUGAUAUUGAGAAUGUGUUAAAAUUCUUCAAAUUCUUACAAAACAAUACGGAUGCAGAUUGGGACGAAGUUUAUGCGGCUGUUUGGCAACGUUUACCGGUUGUUUGAGAAGGAUUAGAACUUUGAGGGGAUUGUAAAACCAAAAAUCCAGUUACGAUAAAUAAAGGUAGAUUAAAGUAUUUAAAACUUACAUCUGAGCUUAAAACUGA